AUGGCAUCUCCUGAGGCUAUUCAGACUCCCAACGGAGUUGACGAGCAAGGUCUCGUCGAGAAGACGGCCAAUCUCCAGGUUUCUCAAUCCAACGGCCAGGGGAAGCCUCCCGCUCACAGAUCACACGACCCUGAUCACAACCAGAAGAGGACCGAUCCGUUCCAAUUUGGCAGUCGCUUCCUCAAUGAGGGCGAUGAUGCAUUCGAGUUCAACGCUUGGGACCAUGUCGAGACUGACGAUGCAUACAAGGAAUAUGCCGAGCAGCAAUACGAGAUGCAACGCCAGUCCCCGGUCUCUGAUUUUGACAAAAAUAGGUUGAACACCAAUCCUGCUAGAAUGUGGGACCUGUUCUACAAGAACAACACAGCCAACUUCUUCAAGAACAGAAAAUGGCUGCAGCAAGAAUUUCCCAUCUUGACAGAGGUGACCCAAGAGGAUGCUGGCAAAACUGUGAUCCUCGAAAUAGGCGCAGGUGCGGGCAAUACCGCCUUUCCCAUCACUGCAUUCAACAAGAACCCCAACCUAAAAAUCCAUGCUUGUGACUACUCAAAGACGGCCGUAGAGGUCAUGCGGAACCAUGAGUCGUAUGGCCAAGGUUUUGUCCAGGCCGACGUCUGGGACGUGACGAGCGACGAGCUCCCGCCUGGUCUAGAGGAGGGAUCUGUGGAUAUUGCUAUUCUGAUUUUCAUAUUCUCUGCUUUAUCACCUAACCAGUGGAAUAAGGCGGUGUCCAACGUCCACCGACUACUCAAGCCAGGGGGCCAGGUCUGCUUCCGAGACUAUGGAAGAGGUGAUCUCGCCCAGGUUCGUUUCAAGAAAGGCCGCUAUCUUGAUGAGAAUUUUUAUGUGCGCGGGGACGGCACCCGUGUCUACUUCUUUGAGAAGGACGAGCUGGAGCAAAUCUGGAGCGGUCAGACGCAGACCGAGUCAGAUGGCCCAAAGCGUGCGUUCACAGUGAACGAUCUUGGCGUCGAUAGACGCAUGCUUGUCAACCGAGCGCGCAAGCUGAAGAUGUACCGGUGCUGGAUGCAAGGACGAUUCACGAAGGAAUGA